GCGCUGCGCGGGGGGAGCCGACAGUGCAUUGUGGUAAGAUGGUGGCUGCUCCAUUGUUCAGCUGUGUGUUUGCAAGAGAAAAAAAUCCCCUGAAAGCGACUGGCGGAGGAAAUAAGGCCUGAAAUUCAUAUGUAAGCAGUUCCUCUCCUGAUCCGGAAUUAUGGAAGAUGAUGAAAACCAGGAUCCACAGCAGAAUGAGACUUCAGGGGAUGAAUCAGGAUUGGAUCAGUGCACUGAAUCGCACAGGGAGAGAGGUGCUGAGCAGGUGCGGCUGAUCCUGCAGCCACUGAGGAGGAACCCGCACAAUAAAUGGGCCGAAUGCAACACCUCAACGCAGGCUAACUGCAGCUCCUCGCUGUGCGCUCAACAAGUUAAGAACACCUUACAGCACUUAAGAGGUUUAAAUGUGGCCACUCGAGAACCAAAUGACUGUGGGAAGACAUGUCAGCGAGACUCCAGAAAGCAGAAACAGAUUAGGAGGAGGAAGACGUGCACACCAGCGGGUUCUAAUGCCAUCUCUCGGAGCUCACCAGAGAUGGCAGUGGCCAGUCUUCAUGGUACAGCUGGAAGUGGGAACCCGGAGAAGGAAGUGGUGUCUGUUUUACUGUCCCAUCUCACCAGUGUGCUGCAACAUAUCGGAUCCACGUACGGAGCCACUUUCCGAACACGACUGAAUCCAGAGCCAGAGCCUGUUGGGGAUCUGGGGGCCUCUUAUUUUAGCAGGUUGGAGCCAGAAAACACAGAGACUGCAAGUGACCUGCAAGAAGAUGGCAUCUCCAGUCUUGGCAUCCGUGUUGUACGUCACCCAGGAUUUACUCUUAAGAAAGAUCGAGCCUGGAGAUACAAAAAGUCAGUGUCUGCUGGCCUUUCACCUUCAUCACAGAGGGUACCAUUUCACAGCAUCUUGGGAGAAGCUUUACCUUACAGAGAUGGCUUAUGCAGUGGUGAACUGUCCAGCAUAAGAGACAAUGGAAACCAAUCCAUGGAGUCCCAUGGUGUUAAAAAGACAAACAAUGGAUUGAGUUUAUUGGAUCCAUAUAUGUUGUCACCAUCAUCCUUGGACUGUUUGAGACAAGGCUUGCUGAGGAACAUGGGAAACAUGGAGGAAACUGAAACUUUGGGGGCCUCUAGAACGAGAAACACAGAAAUAAGGACAGAGAUGGGUGGUCAGCCAGUGACUAAAGACUUUAUAGCAUCAGUUUUCUCCCCAGAUAGAGACUUGGCAAUGAAGAGAAAGCUGGAUCCAUUGGACGUGGAGAUCAGUUGUCUGUCUCAGAGAGGCAAUGGGCUUGGUGUAAUUAUAAACCCUUGCACAGAUCAAAAAAUGUCAGCAGAUUUGCCCUUAAAGAGGCUAGUGGGUGACACGCAGGGUUUGCACCCCUCUGAUGGAGCCAAUUGGGGUCUGGUCCUUGGGAAUGGUAGUGGUAUCUCAAAUGGUCAACAAAGACCAUUGAAUGGAGGUGGAUGCUCCAACUCAGGGAACCAACCAAGUUCAUCAAGUGUGUCUCAAACAUGUCCAGAAAAGGCUGAAUCCAGCUCUGUCUCUUGCCAGCAGAAUGUUACUAAUCGGAUUACUUGUUCUGAUGAUCGAUUGGGACCUGAUACCUAUGACCCAUUCAGUCCAACUGAUGAGGAGAAUGUCAACGGAGAGUUUACAGGUGGUGAUUUUUCUCCAAAAGACAGGACUGAAUUGGAUGAUGGCGAGGAGGAACCUGAGGAGGAGGACGACGACAAUGAGGAGAAAUAUGACCCUUUUGAUCCCACAGGCUCUGUUGCAAGUUCUAACAAUUUAAGUCCAUUAGGAGAUGAUUCAGAAGGCGAGCUGAAAAUUGUUAGUGAUGCAGGACUAACUGAGGAAGAGGAUUGUAUGAGCCCUGAGUACGAGGAAGAUCAGUCACCGGAAUCAGCAGCGUGUGUGUUGUCAGACAUGGAAUUGCAGAUUGACUGUGCGAACAUGGUCAAAUCCAGUCUAGAACCUGACCUCUACAGCUCUCCUGAGUAUAGAGAUUUGGAACCUGAAUCCCAGACAGGUUUUGCACAAGGGUUAAGCUCCGUAAUUGAAAAUGAAUUUGAAAGCGACUCUAAACUGCAGAUCGAUGUUCAGCUUGACUCAAUCUCGCAACAAGAGACUGAAUCUGUUGACUCAGAAGCUGACAUUCAAUCCCAAAACGAACUGGUUAGAGAGGGAACAGGCGAUGCGAUGCUUGAAGAGGAGGAACCAGUAUUAUCACCAGCUGGGAUCGAUUAUGGCUUAAUGCAGAGCCCUGAUUCUAAGGUACAAAUGGAGAGUGAGGCAUUGAAGCUUUCAUUGAAGUGUACUCAGAAAGAAGUUUUGGUCUGCUCCUUGCAGGAGGGAGACCGUUGGAAAAGUGAACAAGCAAAAGAGGCUGGUCUCGAAGCAAAGGGCAUCCCUGGACCCACGGAAGCAGCUAAACAGGAAACGGACACAGAUUUGCAAAGUGCAGCCAGGUAUCAGAAGAACUCCGAAAGAACCAUUUCUGAGCCGAUGGAAGCUCUGGAAUCUCAAAGUCGGUUAAAGGCAAAGACGGGUUCAAGUAGCCGCAUCAUAACCAAGUCCACAUCAAGGCAACGGUCGAGAACCGAGGUUGUUCGAAAAGAUAAGUCUGAUGCCAAAGUGCAUUCAAAGGCAGAGCACAAAAGCAAGUCUGCUUCAGCUUCCAGGUAUCAUCACAAAUCCCAUCGCACUGUGGAGAGAAAAGACAACCUUGUUUUCACGGUGAAUGUUUCCAAAUGGCCUGAGGACGCACAUAAAUAUGAAGACUCUGAAAUUGAGGAAGGCGAAAUUGUGCAGCCAGAUGAAGAGAGCUUCAGCCCUGCUCGGACCUUUCGCAGCCGGGGCAGAAUCUUCGAGCGUCUGAGAGGAGUUGAAGGAGAUGAUUUUAUCUCUCUCCACGCUGACUCCGAUGAAGGAGCGCUGCAGAUCGACCUGGGUGAGAACCCGACGGACGGAGGACGAAAGAAGGUGGAUCAUAGAAGAAAAGUGUCAAAUCAGCAGAGGGAGAAGUACAUGAAACACUCCAGAUCACCAGCAGAGUCCAAGACCCAAUCUGGGUCGCAUUCAGAGUCCAGCUCCCGCAGCCGGAAAAAACGCAAGAGAGAGCACAAAAAAGCUCGGUCAAAGGAUCGAAAACGAUCCAGGUCUCAGUCGCGCGAGCAUAAAAGAUCCACGUCCAGAAGCAGAUUGCGAAUCCAUCGCAAAAAGUCCAGAUCUAGAUCCAGAUCCUGGGAGCGAAGGAGAUCGAGUUCCAGAUCACGCCAUAAGGUAUCUCGGUCCCGAACCCGUUCCAGAGAGCAUCGACGAUCUAGGUCGUGGUCGCCAUCCAACAGCACCAGCAUAUCUGCUAUCGGGUCUAUGAGAGCUUCUGCCGAAAGGUGGAAAAACCGCGCACCACAGUCGAAGGAAAGUGGGUCGUUUCGCCGUUCCCGGUCGAGCAGCAAGUCAAGGAAGGAAAGGCGCAAGAAGGAAAAACAUCGGGAGCUGGAAGCAGCAAAACGGCGAAGGCACUCCAGGUCAAGAUCCAAAGAGCGGUCACAGAGGGAGAAGAGACCACUCAGUCAUUCUCCCAGAAGGUCGAAAGAAAGGAACGAGAAAGAGAAGGACAGAAGCAGAGAGAGAAACCCUGUGAGCGAAAAGAAACAUGAGAAGACUGUGAAAGGAAGGCGGGACAGCAGAAUAGUGGUUCCCCCUUCGAUUCAAGAUCUAAAUGAUGAUGAUAUCUUAAUUAAAGCACGCUCAAUUACCAGAACCAUUACUGUGAAUCCAGGUGAGUCUUUAGAAGACCAAGAAGAUUCCAUGGAGGUGGCAGCCCUGUCUCCAAACCGGGAAGCCAUGUACGACUCGGAUGAGUUGGGCUUUGAGAACAGUUUCUCUGAUGUAGAGCCUGGGGACCACAUGCAGGAGGGCAGGGUUCCUGGGAAGGGCCAAGGGAGCAAGAAUGAGAGGAGAAGCGGCCAUGAGAAAAGCCACAGAGCAGGUGACCCUGGCUCAAAACUGGUCAAAGUGAAGGACCGAAAGAGAGCUCACCCAGAUGAGAAGCCAGGCAAAGAGAAACGAAGGAAAAAGCUGGCUGAUGGGCAGAAGGGGGCAAUAGGGGCAGAUAGCUUGAAGGCAGAGAAGAAGGGGAAAGAGCAUUUGAUUGGUAGCCAAUCUGAUAAAAAAAUCAAAUUGGUGCCCAAAGAAAGCAAGCAACAGGUGCCAAGGAAAGUUAAACUUCAGUCCAAAGUAGCGGUUCUAAUCCGAGAUGGGGUGAGCUGUGCUGCCUCAAUGAAGGACGACCGUGGGAAAGGUGGAGGUUUGAUUGGCGUGAAGUUCAGUCGCGAUAGAGAGAGCAGAUCCCCAUUCAUGAAAACCGAGGACAAGAUCCACGACCCAAAGCCCAGCCGGCAUCGAGCCGACAGCUCGGACAACAAAGCCAUCCCGUCAAGGGCACCAAAGGGAAAGACAACGACGAAACCCCGCUCAGCGGCAAAGAAAGUUAAAGUGGCCAGCAAGGCGAAGAGCUCCGGGAAAAAGAAGAAGGAAGCCAAGCCUAAAACUACUCUAAAGAAAGCAACAACCGACAGUGGCAGCAGCAGCAAAGACUCCAGUCCAUUCAGGAUCAAGGAAGAGCUGUCGUGGUCUUCAUCAGAGAAGUCCGAUGACAAGGGCAACCUCCCGAGCCCCACAAAGGACGCAGUGGAGCAGGGGCUGUCCCCACUCUCCCAGAUCUCGGAGAGCGCCCCCCAGCCACUGGAGGCUGCUUUCAUGCCAAAGGAGCCCCCGCAGCACCAGCCCCCUCCCCCACCCCCUCCGCAGCAACAGAAGGACUAUCACGAGCACAGCGACACUUCAAAGGUCAAUGGAGACAAACCAAGAGCACCGGGCAAACCAUUAUCAUGGGACCUCCAAACCGGAGGAGGAAUGUUAGCACUUACUGCACUGCUGUUCAAGAUGGAGGAAGCCAACCGAGCAAAAGCCCAAGAUUCUAUUCAAGCAAUCACUCAGAUUCUCAGUCAGACGAAGCCCCCCGCACCACCAGUGCCGACCAGCCUCUCUGCCCACCUCCCUGCCAGCCAGCCCGCGCCCAAGUUCCUCCGUCAAGGCUCCUUGUCGAUGUUGGGCUGCUCAGCAGGACCGCCCUCACUGUCAGGAUCCGCGGCUCAGGCCCCAGCUGCCAGCUCCGGGAAGCUGUACAGCAUGUUGGAGAGCACUGAGACUGCCAAGGUGGAAGGGGCCACCAGCACAGAUGGCAAUAUGGAUAGCGACAGGUACCUGAAGAAGCUGCACACACAGGAACGCGCAGUGGAGGAGGUGAAACUGGCCAUCAAACCCUUCUAUCAGAGGAAGGAGAUCAACAAGGACGAUUACAAAGAUAUUCUUCGCAAAGCUGUACAUAAGAUCUGCCACAGCAAAAGUGGUGAAAUCAACCCCGUCAAAGUUGCCAACCUGGUGAAAGCUUACGUGGAGAAAUACAAGUAUGCGCGGAGGCACAGCAAGAGACCGGAGGAAGGAGGCCGCCAGAGCAACGGGAAGGAGGCCGGGAAGUUAGAAAAACACGGAAAAACGUCAGCACAGACGUAAAUGGGAAUGAGAGACAGUUUUUAUUAUUUACCAGAAUUCAGUAAUUUUGCGCACCUCUCCUUUUAUUUUCAUUUUAAUAAGUGUGAAGACUUUUUUUUAAAAAAGAAAACUUUAGAAAGUCAUUCUGACGUUCCUGGGUUUAUCUCAUUGUGGCAGUGCCUGAUGAUCCUGAAUUAGAUAUAAGAAACUUGGGACACUUUUAAUGAAAUGCUGAGGGGUGGGGAGGGAGUGGGUGGGGGGAGGGGGGAAAACAGAAUAUACUUGGAAAGUAAUGGAAAAAAAAGAACCUUUUAAAAACUGUUUACUGUAUCUUCUGAUCGCUGUAUAUAAGAUAGGAGCCACUGGCAAGCUUUCUCAUUUCUUCUCGUGUCCUGUUGAUUUUUGUUCGUUUUUCUCUUCUUCCUCCUCCUCCUCCUCCUCCUCCUCCUCCCUCCCCUCCCAUUUUCUUCAUGCAUGAAGUUUUUUUGUAGGUCAGUGAAUUCCAUACAGCUGCACUGUCUUUUAAGUGGUAAUAAACAAUAUUACACGGUCAGCCAUUCUGAGAGAAGGCAAUGUAUCAGAGAGGAAUAAUUUUUCCUGUUGAUGUCUAUGCUAUUCUUUACUCUUUUUUUUAAAAAAAAAGUAUAUAUAUAUGUGUAUAGUUCAACAUUGGAAAAAGGCAGAGGAGAGUCGAUUAAGUAUUUUCAUUUGCGCAUUUUAAUUAGGGAAGGGAUAGGGAUUGUACUGGUGGCCACUGUCCCUAAAUUGCAGCCUCUAGGCACUUUCACCUUUUUAUGCCAAUGUACAUGUCAUCCACUAGAUAACUGGAGUUGAUGGCCCUCGAGGCAUCAGCAGCCAAAUGCUUUUAUCCACCGCAAAUCACUGUUGUAAAGUUAGUGUUGACUCUAGGAGAAGGGAAGGGCUGUUUUAUUCUGUAUUACGGGACCUCCUAAUCACACAUGUCCACUUUGUUAUAGCCCCCGCCCCCACUUUCCCCCACGCCCUCCCAUUUUCUCUCCCAGAACCAUUUGUGAACGUCAAGUGCAAGGCAGAAGGGACUGGAAGACGCGCUUAGAGUUUCUGACGAGUUCUGCGCCCCAAAGCAACUAGUCUCGCCCACAACAGAGAGUUGGGGGACACUUUUGUGACGAUCUUCCUGAAAGAAUGCCUUAAAUUUUCUGUUUCUGGCAAUUGUUUUUGAAACAAAAAAAAUUUUUUUAAAUUUUGAACCCAGAUAUUAUAUUGUAUGCUUGGGCAAUCAGGAGGUGGCGAAAGCCUCCUCUCUUUUUUUGGGGGAGAAAUCUAGGCAACAGUGUGUUUUCUGCUGUUUUAAUUUUUGUGCUUUUAGUCAGUAACCAUGUACCAUCCACUGCCCAGCCCCAUCUCCCCAUUCCCUUAAUCUGCUGCCAAUCAUGUUAUAGAAUACUUGAUUAACUUAGGCAACUAGCCUAUUGUGUCCCAACCCGGUUGCGCACCCCACGGCCUAUUGCCACAUCUGACUCUUGUUUGUUGCUGUAAUUUGCUUUAGUUUCAGUAGAGAAAGUCUCUAGCUCAAAGGUACAAAGAAGUACAGUCAUCUUGUAUGUGUGACCUGCUUUAUGCCAUUACUGGCAAUGUGAUAGGGGGCUGGGUUUAAGAUUUAAGCUGGAGCUGUAUCUUGUACGUAUUGUUAUUUCAAG